AUGUCCAUCAAUUCACCAUUAGACAAGACGUCCUUCACCCUUGACACCGGAGGUGUCAUGGGGUUCUUCGGCGGGGAAGAAGCCCUCUCCGCGAUGUCCACUGUGCAUCUUUACCAAGGCAGACGUUGGCUUGGGUGGUACAACUCUCCUGGAAGCUAUAUUGUUGCCAAGAAAUUUGGGCAGUUGGCGAAAUCUAGAUUUUGGGAUGGCGUCUUUCCUGGACCCAAUCCAACGCCGGAAGAAAUGUUUGGGCUGGAUGGGAAGAAUGGACCUCGCUUUAUUGGAGUGUUUUCUGGCACAGAUAUGACUACAGGGCACCUCGCAUACCUUACAGCCCAAAAGGCAAAGGAGACCAAGGAGAAGAUCCGUCUCGGAGGAAGAAUAACUGCACCAGGGUCGGUGAGCAUCAUAGAUGUCGACGACGUGAAAUUGAAGCAAGGCGGUAACGUACCGACGAUGAAAGUUUAUCAUGCCCUGUGUGCUGCUAUACCCAUCACCAGCAGUCUGGCAUCAUGCCUCGUUUGCGCUUUUAUUCGUGAUUGGCUCGCAUUUGCGCUGGUCAUCCUGGGCAUGGUAUCGAAUGGCCUGGCUUGCUUCGUCAUCGGUUCAGGGAAGCUGCAUUUCCAGCUUGUCGAACCUUCGCCCUACGCACCGCGCGGAGAUGGGUUUCUUUUGAUGCACAAUGACAUUGUCAUCUUGAAGGGCGCAGAGAAAGAGGUCGCGUCGAUAACCAAAGGCAAACUCGUGCUGGACAUGGGUGACAAUGAAAAGUUCAACGCCAUCGGGAUCUGCUCCCUCCUACUCCUGUUGCAGUUUCUUAUUCAACUCCUCUUCGUUCCUCGAGUAACGCUGGUCGGCCAGAUUAUGUUCCUGUCGUCACUUGCGGUGUCUUGGGCGUACAAUUCGUUUCUGUCGUCACUAGAGAACGAGAAGAUUCAGACAGAUCUGCUGUGGAAAUCACUCGAUAAACCACCAAUCACAAAAUUUGCGCUCCCCAACAGAGGGUCGCAAGCGGCAUGCGCAUGCUUCGUCUUACACGCAGGCGUCGACAUAUCAAAGAAGUCGUCUAUAAACUUCAAGCCGAAGAAGAUCUUGGAGUGCAUGAUCCCAAAUAAUACAAGAGUUUGGGAUGCAUGGAGGGAACAUGUGGCGAAACAGGUGUUGAGUAAAGAGAAAAACAAAUAUUUUGGGUCAUAUAAAGAACUCGUGGAGGACUUGGAAGACGAGGAACAGCAGCUCCUGAAACAACUACUUGCAGACGCCGAGUACGGUUACAGAUGUUACCAGGUGUCGUUAGAGACCUGUAGCUCACCCUAG